GCUGCGAGCCAAUGGGUGGCGGACAGGGACGCUCCCGCGGCGCAGGAGGCGGCAGGUUGCCGCGGCGCCGGGUGCUGGGCAGGAGUCAGUUGGAGUUCGGGUCCCGGAGGCCGGCGGGCGCCCAGGACAGGGGUAUGCCCUCUGGCUGGGCCAUGGAGCUGAAGGUGUGGGUGGACGGCAUCCAGCGAGUGGUCUGCGGCGUCUCGGAGCGGACCACCUGUCAGGAAGUGGUGGUCGCACUAGCUCAAGCUAUAGGCCAGACUGGCCGUUUUGUGCUCGUGCAGCGUCUCAGGGAGAAGGAACGGCAGCUGCUGCCCCAGGAGUGUCCAGUGGGUGCCCAGGCUACCUGUGGACAGUUUGCCAGUGAUGUCCAGUUUGUCCUGCGGCGGACAGGGCCCAGCCUCACUGGGAGGCCCUCCUCAGACAGCUGCCCACCGCCUGAGCGCUGCCCAGUCCGCGCCAGCCUUCCCCCAAAGCCCAGACCAGCACUGGGCCGUGAACCCCAGAAAGCACUGACCCUCAGCCUGGGGUGCCCCAGGCUGGCCUCUGGCCUGGCGCUGCCUGAGCCGGUGGCCUCUGUCGCGCCGAUGCCCGGCCCCUGCGAAGACCUGCAGGACCUGGAGCGGCGGGUGCAGAGGAACGCAGCAGAGCUGGGCCAGGAGGCCUUCUGGGAGCAGGAGCUGCGGAGGGAGCAGGCGCGCGAGCGGGAGGCACAGUCCCGGCUGCAGGCCCUGAGCGCGGCCACUGCUGAGCAUGCCGCCCGGCUGCAGGCCCUGGACGCCCAGGCGCGUGCCCUGGAGGACAAGCUCUGCCAGGCUGCAGAGGCCCCUGGGCCCCCUUCGCCCACAGCAUCUGCCACAGAACGCCUGCGCCAGGACCUGGCUGCCCAGGAGCGGCAGGGUGCGGAGGUACAGGGCAGCCUGGCCCUGGUGAGCAGGGCUCUGGAGGCUGCAGAGCACGCCCUGCAGGCCCAGGCCCAGGAGCUCGAGGAGCUGAACCGGGAGUUGCGUCAGUGUAACCUGCAGCAGUUCAUCCAGCAGACGGGGGCCGCUCCCGGCACGCAGGAUCUCAUGCCUCCAGCCAGAGGAAAGCCCCUCCCAGGAGCCCCCCGGAGCCCUGCCCUAGUGUCCAGCCUGAGCCCAGAGGUUUCCCCCCUGAGGCAGAGCUGGAGGUAGCAGUACCUGCCCCUGCCCGCAAUGAACGUCCACUGCCAGCCCAGCCCUGGGCUCUGAUGGCACGAGCGAGGGCAGCCAGGGGCAGCCCAGCCUGGAUAACAGAAGGACUGGCGGCCAUGGAGGACUCGCGCCCCCAUGCAAGUGGAAGCCCU